AUGGCAAAGAGCCCAUGCGAUUCAUACCCCCGUGUUCUCGAAGGGAUCCUCUCCGAGGAAGAGGUCGAGCACUUCGUGGACCUGUAUCGCAAGCUUGCUGAGAGCGAGUGGUUGAAACGCGAAAAAGUGGCAGCGGCUGAAGGCAAAAAACCACCACCCAGGGUUUUGGAGUACUUCACCAUCCUGAGAUACAUCCAGAGCCAGGAGGACGCACGCUUGGACGCCACCAUCCAGAAGAUCCACAAUAAGGUGGAGAAAUGCUUCGGCCCAGGAUUUGUGAUUGUGCAGGACUUCUGGUCGUGGAGAGCUGCGGGGAGCGUUGCAGCUGGGCGCAUUCACGUCGACGGGGACUUCUGGAUGACCAGCGCCCAUGACGGUUUCAACCUAUGGAUCUUGCUGGACCACCGAGAAAUGGCCUAUGGCUUCAACAUUUUCACCAAGGAAGACAACCCAGACUUGUACAAGCUGGUGGCGCCCGAGCGAGUGACUUCCAUCCUUCCGAUCCAAGAGGCCAAGCCUGGCAUGAUUUUCUCUGAGCCAAUCCGACUUUGGCCUGGAGUCUUUGAGUGGGGUGCCUGGCGAAGCUUGGGCCAGAAUCUUGGUUGCAUCCUCUGCAUUGUCUCCACCAAGUGGUUCCAACAAAUCAUCAACUUCGCCCAGCGAGCCAGCGUCCUUCCGGCACCCGCCUUCCGCCUGCUGAUCUCACUGACAGGCUGGCUGGGGAAUUUGUCGCUGCUACCGAAGGGCCUGGAGCUGCGGACUCGGAAGUUCCCACUGCAGGUGGGGGAUGCUCUGGUGGUGCGCCAGGACGAGCUGCAUGUGUCCGACCAGGAGCCCGUGAAAGACCACCAGUUCCGCUUGGCCGUGGGCUUCAAGUUCAUGAGGCAAAACCAGAAGGUGACGCAGUACGUUUUCACUGGCCCAGCCUCCAAGGCGCGGCGGCGCUUUCCCUCGUUGCGACUUCCUUAUGGAAAGGCCCUGCCCGACCUGUAUCGGAUGAAGGGUGUGGACAUGCGCCAGGAGGAAACUUGGCUCCAGCGGUGUUUGAACUUCAGCAGUUUGCGGCUCAGCUCCUGA